AUGGCAGGGCUUCAGGUCCACUCGGUGCUGGUGACUGGGGCCAACCGGGGCAUCGGCCUGGGCCUGGUUCAGCACUUCCUGGGGAUGCCAACCCCCCCUCAGUGGGUCUUCGCAGCCUGUCGGGCCCCCACGGGACAGCGGGCACAGGGUCUGCAUCAUUUGGCCUCCAAGCACCGCAACCUGGUCAUCAUCCCACUCGAAGUCACCGACCUUGCCAGCAUCAAGGCAGCUGCAGCCCAAGUCGGGGAGCACCUGGGGGGCUCGGGGCUCAACCUCCUCAUCAACAAUGCCGGAAUCCUCAAGUGUAACUUGCUUGAUAAGGAGACGCUGGAGGACAUGACCCACGUAUACACCACCAACACGAUUGGGCCACUGCUAAUGUGCCAGGUUUUCUUGCCCUUGCUGAAGAAGGCUGCCCAGGCCAGCCCAGGCUCAGCGCUGAGCUGCAGCAGGGCAGCCAUCAUCAACAUAUCCAGUCAGGGAGGCUCCAUCUCUUCUCCUGACGGUUGGGAUCUAAUGCAGAUUGUCUCAUACCGCUGCAGCAAGGCUGCUCUGAACAUGCUGACCAAGUGCCAGUCCUUGAGGUACAAGGAAGAUGGUGUCCUCUGCACUGCUCUCCAGCCUGGAUGGGUGCAAACUGACAUGGGGAGCUGUGCCGGACACACGCCCCCGGUGACGGUGGAUGAGAGCGUGCGAGGGAUGCUGAAGGUACUCUCCUCCCUCUCUGAGAAGGACACCGGCACCUUCCUGGACUGGGAAGGGAAUGUUGUGCCCUGGUGA